AUGGUCGCAUCGCUGGCAGCCUCAGCCGAUCAUGACGUCCAGGAACAGGAAACGAUUCCCGAGCCCAAGCCCAAGCCCAAGCCUGAUGCACCCUCUGUUACCACGACUCGAGCCACACGCCGGCCCCGAGCCACGCAGGAUCGCCGCAAGCCUCGUAACCCACCUCGAUCACAGCUUACCCCACAACCCAGCAGCAGCUCUCCUCUAAAGCCUGAUUCAACAAUCGCACCCGUUGAGGCUACCACCAAGACAGGAUCCAAUCCCCUCAUCGCCUCCCCAUCCUCGCCUCCCCCACCCUCGCCACCCCCACAACAACAACAACAACAACCAUCAUCGAGACAUCGCCACGUACCGAGCGACGAUGAUGACAGUGAUGCAGAGAUUGCAAAUUUGCAGAGCAUGGACGAAGACGACGAUGGCUCCAGCGACGACAAGGAAGGUCGCCGGGCUCGGAUGGACGAUCAUCCAGACUACAGACGACCCGUAUCCCCCGAUGACCAUGGCCGGCGCAUUGCAACACCAGACCCGACGCCAGCGGGGCCACCAUCCGCGGCCGCACGCCCUCUCGCGCCAGCUGCUUACGCUGAUAAUGACCUCGGAGCAACCUCAAACCCCUCGACAGCAAAAACAACAAAAGCAACAAAAGCAACAAAAGCAGCCUCCAAGGGUCCACAGCAUUCCCGAGCGACCAAGACCGCCAAACCCGCCAAACAGCCCCCAAAGCCCACCGGCGCUACAGCCAAGAAAAUGCCCGACAACCUGAACACCAAUUUGGCUUCAAAGGGGGAACCCGCACCGGCCGCCAAGCAACCUCCUUCGCCUGUUGUGCUCCCCAAGCCUCGAGAUUCAGCACCUUUGACAGCCGACCCUAGUUCCCCGCCCCUUAAUGCCCUCACUGCUGCGCCCGCCGACAACACGGCCGACAACACGGCCGACAACACGGCCGACAACACGGCCGACAACACGGCCAUCACCAAAGAGCCACACAAGCCCAGCACCCAACCGGCCAAGCCAUCAAAGCUGUUGCACUCAACAUCAGAGGCGGGUCUCACUCAACCGGCUCCUGCAGGCCCUGCUCACGAGACACAGCCAACCGUGUCCCAGGUACAACGCCCGUCCAAACCCGAGCUCCAACGCUCGCAGCAGGCCAAGCCAGAGCCGACAGCCAGAUCCGAAGCCCCGCGACAGCCUGAAUCUAAGCCCGGUCCCAGUUCCUCCCCACAGCCCCAGAUUAAGGUUGAGCCCGUGGCUGUCAGCAAGUCUCAAGCCAUGUCAAUGGUGCAAGAUCUGACUUUGCCCGACCCCACUAGCAACGUGCGCCCUGCCUCGGAAGUCAAAACCACUGCGCAACCACCAUCUUUGCCAACACAAAAGCAGCCCGACUCUGACUCUGUUCUUGCAGCGACGCAAGAGCCCCCUAGCUCGCCAAAGCCCGUUCAGGUCGCCACGCCCAUCACCAAACCAAGCGCGCAGUCUUUUGAGCAAGCCACAGCAUCUACCUCGCAGUCCACAGCAAGUCCGUCACCAAACCCGUCACACGUUUCUAGCGCCGGCCCCAAAACCGAGCACCUAGCACCCACCGCCGCCACAGAGCUCCACAAAGUCGCCACCACCACCUCCUCCUCCACCUCCUCCUCCUCUGUCCCCCGGGCCAAGCCUGUUGAUCAAUCCCAGCCCGAUGCAAAGCGUGCAAAGUCGCCCCCAACGGCCCGUCCUACCUCAGCUUCGAGCCAGCGCAUGGACGAGGUCGGGCCCAAGACCGCGUUGGCUGCUUUGACAACGUCCGCAGAGCAACCUCCACUUUCAAGUGACCGCCCUACACCCAAAGUACAUGGUGGGCCUUUAGCAAGCACCCAGACUUCAACCACCAAUCUGGGCCGUUCCUCGCCACCCGCUACCCCGGCUCAAGGUCAGACCCAAGACGAUGAUGCCAUGGACGUAUCAUCACCAUCGCCGGUGGCAUCGCCUCAGCAAUUGCCGACCGCAGUUGCCCGCGAGACCACUGACGUGCCGAGCUCUUCGGCGCCCCACGAGCCCACCGUGCGCACGUCCGGGUCAUCGGAACCAAGGCGGAUGGCCUCCACGGGUGCCACGGCUACCCCGGGUCAGGAUGGCGAUCUCUUUUGCGUUUGCCGUCGACCCUAUGACGGCUCUUUCAUGGUACAAUGUGACAUCUGUGAAGGCUGGUUUCAUCCCGAGUGUGUGCACACCGAUCAAGACACGGUGGAAGCUGCCAAUAGUUUUACAUGCCCCACGUGUGCACCCGCCCCUGAGCAAGAUGAUAAUGCCAGUAGCUCGGGCUCGGAGGUAUCCCGCACCGAGGCUUUGCGCAUGCGCCAACUGGCACAAUCCCCUCCAACAUUACCGAAACGGGAUGUGCCUUCCGCCAAACGCGUCAAGACCGCAUCUCGGCGUGGUUCAGACGCGCAUGCGACGAGCGCGUCACCCGUGGCGACCCUCAGGACAGAAGACUCAACUCCCCCACCUUCUUCGGCAAGCACCAAGCGCCUUUGUCGGCGAGCUGAAUGUGAGCGAGAGGCGCGACCCGGUUCUGGGUAUUGCUGUCACACUUGUGGCCUGGCUGCCAACGCAGCACAUCUGCCGAUGCUGCUGCGCUGCACCAGUGCGCCGCCAGACACAUGUGCCACCCGCGAGCAGCGACGCGCUUUGGCCCAAGCCCGGGAGGACGUCAAGGGUCACCGUGAGGCCGUGGCUACCAAGCAUGGGAUCUACCAACGUUUGGAGGCAUAUAUUGAAUUUGUCGCCCUUCAAUCACGCCAUGAACUACCAGAAGAAGCGUCGAUGGAAGCCGAGGUGUUUGACGACGGGACAUUCCAAUGCCCCAGUUGCUCUCGGGAGCUAGCGCUGUCAGAGCUACCGGGCCAUCUGCUCAAGUGCUUUCAAACUCGUCAAGGAUUUUGUCGACGCUUGUAUGCACAGUGUGUAGAGCAUGGCGCUGGGCGAGACUUGCUGUGUACGCGUCGGCGGCACGAGUGUGGCCAACAUGCUGUUUGGCGCUAUGCAGCCCUCAACGCGGUGGCACACGACCUCGUGUCAGAAGCGAUCCUGCUGGGCUAUGCUGAGAAGGCGGUAGCUUACAACGAGGCGCUCAUGGCGCGUCAAACUCUAGUCUUGCUGGACCGUGUGGCUCAGGCCGAGGUUGGCUGGGAGAAGCGCUUCCUGGAGAUGGACACGCCUGCCCUCUUUGCCGACGAUCGGCCCGCGAUUACGGGCGGCACUGUUAACCUGCCCAACCGACCAUACCGAUAG